AUGUUCAGGGGACCAAAACCCCCCAUUGCCCCGAAGCCCAGACUGGCUGCCCCCAGUGAGUGGAGAGCCAGUGUGUACAUGAACAAUAGCGUAAACAAAUGCAGCAACGGGAGGCUGCUUUGCAUAGACAGGGGGCUUGAGGAAGGGCACCGGCCCAACCCAGAGUGCUCGGAGUCAGAGACAGACGAGGAUUACAUCGUGGCCCCUGGGGGCCCGCUGAGCGAGGACGAGCCCAAAGAUGGGGGCGAUGCAGAGAAUGAGGGCAUGGCGCCUCCGGCUGCUUCUGGGGAAGAGGAAGAGGAACAUGAGCAGAGAGGUGAGGCCCGUGGCAUGGAGGGGGCAGGAGCUGGUGAGAACUCAGCUGCCCCGGCGGACGGGGUACCGAGCAGGGAGGGUGAGGAAGAUGUAGACCACACUCCUGAAAAUGGGCAAGAGGGCUGUGACGAUGAUGCGGGGACAGAGGAGCAGGUGUCCACAAGUGAGGAGGAAGAGAAGCUGGUGAAAGAACACAACGCGUACAACCUGGAGAGCGGGGAUGGAGAGGAGGAUUUUCCCAGCAAUAUCAUCCUAACUUUCGCCGAUGUAGGGGACCCAGCAACCCCUGGUGAGGAGCCUGGGCCCCUCAAAGCCCCCAUGGAGGUAGAAGAGGAUGGUGAGGAAGGCUGUGUCAACACCAAACCAGGGGGGACAGAUGAGGGCGUGGAUCCCGACAGGCCUCCCAAGGACACUGAACAGAAUGCUGACGAGGCCAGUGAGGAGCCCCCUGAGAAUGAGGAGUUGGCCUUGGGUGUCCAGGAGGCAGAGAUGGGCCCAGGUGACCCUGAAAUCUCUAAGGAGAAGUGUGAAGACAUCACGGGUAUUGGGGACCAGGUUGACCAGGAUGAGCCAUCUGACCGUGAUGAUGAAACCAAUCAUGAAGAAAUAGCAGCAGCCUCCCAAGAGGUGCUAGGAGACCCUCAUGAUGGCGAGGACCCAGUGCAGGCCCAGCCUGCCGAGGACAGCUGCCACAUCGUACCCUUUGAGAGCGACUGUCUUGACGACUUGGUGACUUCACUCACAGGAAGCCCUUACGAGUUCUUCCCGACUGAGAGCACCUCUUUUUGUAGCGAGAACUAUUCUCCUCUUUCUGAGUCAGCAAAAGGCUUAGAAUCAGAGCAGGAACCAAAGUCAGGGGUCUGUGCUGGAACUUCACGUGGCCAGCAGGACUCCCUACAGGAUGGAGCUGAGGAAGGCCCCUUUGUCCCUGACGUGGUGGUCAUGCCUGAGGAGGAGGAUGCUGCAGAUGACUCGCUCACCAACCCCUACGUGAUGGGAGUUGGCCUGAUGUGCCAGGCUGACCCUGGAGAAGGAGAGUGUUCUGAGAUGCAGGCCUCAUCAGAUGUUCCUAGUGGUUAUGGCACAAAGGAAGACAUGAACUCUGAUGCUGAGGGCAGCCUGGUCCCUACUGACAGGAAGAACAUUGCCACGAGGGCCCGGCCUCACUCUGGAAAGGUGGCAGGCUAUGUCCCAGAAACUGUCCCUGAAGAAACUGGACCAGAAGCUGGCUCAUCUGCCAUGGGCAUCAGAGGUGCCCCUGAGGAUGCAAGGAAGACAGUUUUGUCAUUGGAGGGAAAGCCCCAGGAAGCCAGCAGGGCCUUGCCAGCAAAGCCCAGAGCCUUCACCUUAUACCCUAGGUCAUUCUCUGUGGAAGGCCGAGAGAUCCCGGUCUCUGUGUACCGGGAGCCAGAGGGUUCUGGAUUAGACGACCAUAGGAUGAAAAGGAAAGAGGACAACCUUUCUCUGCCGUGUGUGAUCGGCUCUUCUGGGAGUUUCUCCCAGAGAAACCACCUUCCGUCCAGCGGCACGUCAACACCAUCUUCUGUGGUCGACAUUCCACCCCCUUUUGAUCUGGCCUGCAUCACCAAAAAGCCCAUCACGAAGAGUUCUCCCUCGCUCCUGGUCGAGAGCGACUCCCCGGACAAGCACACCAAGAAGAAGAAGUCAUCCUUUAAGCGGUUCCUGGCCCUGACAUUUAAAAAGAAGACGGAGAACAAAGUGCAUGUGGAUGUUAACGUGUCUUCCUCCAGGUCCUCUUCAGAAUCCAGCUACCACGGGCCUUCCAGGAUUCUGGAAAUUGACCGGCGAAGCCUCAGUAACUCCCCUCAGCUUAAGUCUCGGACUGGGAAGCUCCGGGCUUCUGAAUCCCCUUCAUCCCUCAUCUUUUAUAGAGAUGGCAAGAGGAAAGGCGUGCCCUUCAGCAGGACGGUGUCUAGAGUAGAGUCCUUCGAAGAUCGCUCCCGCCCACCCUUUCUGCCCCUGCCGCUGACCAAGCCACGAUCCAUUUCAUUCCCCAAUGCUGACACUUCAGACUAUGAGAACAUUCCAGCCAUGAACUCUGACUAUGAAAAUAUCCAGAUUCCACCCCGGAGGCCUGCAAGGGCAGGCACAUUUACGAAGCUGUUUGAAGAUCAGAGCAGAGCUUUAUCCACAGCAAACGAAAAUGACGGCUACGUGGACAUGAGCAGCUUCAAUACCUUUGAGAGCAAACAGCAGAGCACCGACCUGGAAGCAGAAAGCGCCUACACAGAGCCCUACAAAGUCUGUCCCAUCUCGGUGGUGGCCCCAAAAGAGGACCUCACAUCGGAUGAAGAGCAGAGAAGCUCAGAGGAGGAGGACAGUGCUCCAAGAGACCCCAGCCUCACCCACAAGGUGGAAGGACAGUCCAGAGCCCUUGUCAUCGCACAGGAGCUGCUGUCUUCAGAGAAAGCAUAUGUGGAGAUGCUCCAGCACUUACAUCUGGAUUUCCAUGGAGCCAUCAUGAAGGCCUUGAAUGACAUGGACCAAGAAGGCAGGGACACAUUGGCCCGGGAAGAGCUGAAGCAGAGCCUGAGUGAACUCCCAGCCAUCCACGACCUUCACCAAGGCAUCCUGCAGGAGCUGGAGGAGAGGCUGUCAAACUGGGAGAGCCAGCAGAAGGUGGCUGAUGUCUUCCUGGCCCGGGAGCAGGAGUUUGACCACCAUGCCACUCACAUUCUGCAGUUCGACAGGUCCCUGGCUCUGCUUGGUGAGAACUGCCUCCACUCUCCCCGGCUCGCAGCUGCUGUCCGUGAAUUCGAGCAGAGUUUGCAAGGAGACGGUCAGACCAUGAAGCAUCAUCUGCUGAGGGUGGUACAGCGCCUCUUCCAAUAUCAAGUGCUGCUCACAGACUAUCUAAACAACCUUUGCCCGGACUCAGCUGAGUACGACAACACGCAGGGUGUGCUGACCCUCAUCUCCAAAGUCACAGACCGUGCCAACGACAGCAUGGAGCAGGGGGAGAACCUGCAGAAGCUGGUCCACAUCGAGCACAGUGUUCAGGGCCAAGGGGACCUCCUCCAGCCAGGAAGGGAGUUUCUGAAGGAAGGGACACUGAUGAAAGUAACGGGGAAGAACAGACGCCCCCGGCACCUGUUUCUGAUGAGCGACAUGCUCCUGUACACGUAUCCCCAGAAGGACGGGAAGUACCGGCUGAAGAGCUCGUUGCUAGUGGCCAACAUGAAGGUCAGCCGCCCUGUGAUGGAGAAAGUGCCCUAUGCCCUGAAGAUCGAGACUUCCGAGUCCUGCCUGAUGCUGUCUGCAAGCUCCUGUGCGGAGAGAGAUGAGUGGUAUGGCUGUCUGAGCAGAGCCCUCCCUGAGGACUACAAGGCCCAGGCACUGGCUGCAUUCCACCACAGCGUGGAGAUACGGGAGAGACUGGGGGUUAGCCUGGGAGAGAGGCCCCCUACCCUGGUGCCAGUCACACACGUCAUGAUGUGCAUGAACUGCGGCUGCGACUUUUCCCUCACCCUGAGGCGCCAUCACUGCCAUGCCUGUGGCAAGAUCGUGUGCCGGAACUGUUCGAGAAACAAGUACCCACUGAAGUACCUCAAGGACCGCAUGGCCAAGGUCUGCGAUGGCUGCUUCGGAGAGCUGAGGAAGAGGGGCGGGGCCGUCCCUGGCCUGAUGAGAGAGCGGCCUGUGAGCAUGAGCUUCCCCCUAUCUGCACCCCGCUUCUCGGGCAGUGCCUUCUCCUCCGUCUUCCACAGCAUCAACCCCUCAACCUUCAAGAAGCAGAAGAAAGUCCCUUCCGCCUUGUCUGAGGUGGCUGCCUCUGGAGAGGGCUCCGUCAUCAGUGGCUAUCUCAGCCGGUGUAAGAAGGGCAGGCGGUACUGGAAGAAACUCUGGUUUGUCAUCAAAGGCAAAGUCCUCUACACCUACAUGGCCAGCGAGGACAAAGUGGCCAUGGAGAGUAUGCCUCUGCUAGGUUUCACCAUUGCACCAGAAAAGGAAGAGGGCAGCAGCGAAGUAGGACCUACUUUCCACCUUUACCACAAGAAAACCCUAUUUUAUAGCUUCAAAGCAGAGGAUACCAACUCAGCUCAGAGGUGGAUUAAGGCCAUGGAAGAUGCAAGUGUGUUAUAGCAUUUAUCAAGCAUGUGGACUCAGAAUAAACUCUUAGGUUGAUAUGUGAACUCUUCUAGAAGCCAAUCCAUGUCUCAGCUCAUCUGGACACAUAUCUGGAUUCAGCAUGGGGCUUGAUCUUUUUGCUGUAACCACCCCCACCCACACACACAAAUACACCUUCACCAGUGGCGCCCUUGAGAAAUAUUUAUGGACCUCCCCACUUCUUUGUGUUUUCUACUCCACCCUACCCCACCCCCAUCAUAAACUAUUCUUACUCCACUGUGCAUUAAAAUUUAGUAAUGUGAAGACAUGGAAAC